AAAAAAUAUCAAUUAAUCCGUUAAAAUGACUGAUCUAGACUAAUCAAUAGAAGCAAGAAUAGAUAAAUUUGAAUGUAUUCAUUCUCAUCAUUAUUUAAUAGCCGAUUUAAAUAGAGUGAGUUUACAAUAGGAUGCUCUUCUCCCAUUAUUGCAGAUGAUUGAGUACAUUCCAUCAAUUCAAAGAACCGAAGCCAAUGUCAAACAAGUUUAGAAAAAACAAGAAGUGAAUGAAUAGAAAUAAGGAAGACUCGUAUCCAAUAUACUAAAAUUAUAUAGGAAAGAUGUGCUGAAAGAAAAUUAAGAGAAAUAGAAUCAAUGCCCCAAAAACCAUAAUUAGAGGUUUAAUAGGUAGACUAGAGAAUCAAGGAUUUGGAAUCUUCGAUUAAUUGUUUAUACAGGUAAAAUUAAAUUGUAAAUGUAGGUGGUAUGAAGCAAAGCUAAGAGAAGGAUCUUAAUAAAUAGUUCGUAGCAUUGAUGAUAGAUUGGGAACUGAUCCAAAUGCAGAAUUCAAUGACUAAUUGUUGAUUGUGGUGAAUUAAACUAUCAAAAAUGCACUUGAUAAAAUGAGUGAAGAUUUUAGGGGACAACUUUGUGAAAUUAGAUAAAUGCUAUGAUUUUAUAUAUAUUAACUGUUAAAUAAUAUUAA